AUUAUGUCAAAAAUACAGUAUGUAUUAUCAACGCAUUAUUGUGCAACAACCGACUGGCAUUGUUUCAACUUUAACAAAAGUCUUCGGCAAAUUAACGAGUUGCGGUUCAAACUUUUUCGGCAGAAACAAAGUGAAAAUGACUGAAAUGAAAGAAACCGAAUUGCCAAAGCCGUCGGUUCCCGAGCUUUCUGUCACUCUAAAGAGAUUCUUGGAAGGAAUCAAAGCAAUUGUCUCCAAUGACAAAUACGAGGAAGCUCGAAGAUUGAUCGAAGAACAUCAAAAGUCGGGAGAAAUGCAAAAGCUGCAGGGGUUCUUGAAGAAAUAUGCAGAAAACAAUGAAAAUUAUGUGACCGGAUUCUGGCUGAACGAUAUGUAUUUGAAAAAUCCUUUGCCUCUCCCCAUCAACUCCAAUCCGUUUUUCCUGCUGCCCAAGCGGGAAUUCAAAACGGAUGACGACAGAUUUCGAUUCAUAGCGAAAUUUAUCAUCUUCUCGCUUACGUUCAAGCAAAGAAUUGACAGUGGUCAAUUAAUGCAGGAAUUUGCCGGAGGACAAGGGAGAGGAAAUGCACUUUCCAUGGCCACGUAUCAUCACUUCUUCGCAGCUUACAGAAGACCGGGCAAGAGUAAAGACGAGCAGAUUUUAAGUGUAGGCGGCAGACAUAUCAUUGUGAUCUGCAACAAUCAGCUAUUUGUGUUGAUGAUACCUGGUAGAAUUGCUCUUCCGAGUGAAAAAGCCCUGGUAGAAAAACUCCAGAAAAUCGAUACUCUCAGUAAGCUGGAGCCACACUACCCACCAGUGGGGAUUCUCACGGCUCUCGAUCGAAGAGAAUGGGCAAGAAUAAGAGAACAAAUGAUCGAAAAUGAAAAUAAUAAAGAAUCCAUUCAGGAUAUUGAAAAUUGCCUGUUUGUAGUGUGCAUGGACGAAUCGAACGAAGGGGUGUGGAAACAAACGAGAUCGAAAUGCUUUUCGGUCCAGAAAUUGGAAGAGAUGGCCCAUCACAUCCUUCACGGCAAUAAAAGUGAACAUUCCACCGGUAACAGAUGGUUCGAUAAAUUUAUUCAGUUUAUCGUGACCAAAAAUGGUGUGAACGGAAUUGUGAUCGAACAUUCGGUGUCGGAAGGGAUUACCGUUUUAAGAUUCUGUGAAGAAUUCCUGGACUUUUUAGAAAAGGAUCAGCCGAAGAGAUCGUCCGACGAUCUAUUGACAGUCAGAAGACUAAUUUGGGACCUGAAUGAACCUCUCGUAAAAGAGAUCAAAAAUGCAUCGGUCGUCACAAACGUAUUAAUCGACACGCUGGAACUCAAUGUUUUUAUAUUUGACAAUUACGGCAAAGGUUUUCCGAAGAAACUAAAAAUCAGUCCCGAUGUGUUCAUUCAGUUGUGCUUGCAGUUGACAUACUUCAGAACGCAUGGCCAAAUGACGGCCACUUACGAAAGUGGGGCUUUAAGGAAAUUCAGAUUCGGUCGCAUCGACAACAUCCGCGCUUCCAGCCAAGAGGCUUUGGAUUUCUCAAAGUCCAUGUUAGAUUCCUCCCCGAGUCAGGCAGAAAAAUGGGAUAAAUUUCAAAAUGCCGUGAAAAAGCAAAACGAAAUCCUUCUCUACACAAUCAACGGAGAAGGACCGGAUAACCAUCUUUUGUGUUUAAAAGAAAUGGCUGCACUGCACGGUUUAGAAGAACCGGCACUUUAUCAGACAGAUUUUUACAAAGAGUUCGUGAAUUUCCGUUUAUCCACCAGUCAGCUUCCGACGACGUACGACAUCAAAGUUGGAUACGGUCCCGUGGUGCCCGACGGAUACGGUUGUUCGUACAAUCCGGAAGAGAGUCGUAUCGUCUUUUGCAUUUCUUCGUUCAAAAACGACCCCUCCACGGACUCGGAGAAGUUUGCACAGAAUCUGCGAUUGAGUUUGAUGGAGUUGAAGGAGCUUUGCGAGAGUGCUCGAACUGCAGUUUCCACCAGCUUACCGACAAAGGCUGCAGUUAAAACUGAAGCAAAAUAAAUUGAAUGAAGAAUCUUUUAGGCCAUUCGGAUAUUUUCGGCUUCAAAAUUUUUGAAUUGAGAAAAAGUUAUUUAAUUAAUAAUGAUUAAAAAUUCAUUUAAUACAUUU